AUGGAGAACAAGCAAGAUCAAAUCGUUGCAGAAAACGGAGUAUCUGAGAUCCCUACAACAGACGCCUCCGUUUCUGGGUUCGAUUCCUUGCACCGCCUCCUCCAAUCUUCACUUCCUCCCCAUCUUUUUCAGGAAGUUAGUCGAAUACUUAUUGGUCUAAAUUGUGGAAGUCCACUUGAUACUGUUGAUGUUCCUGAGCCCGCAAAAUCUCUCUCUGCGAAGCAUGGUUUUGAUCUACAGGCAUUUUCAUUUCGUGCUGAAAAGGAGUCACUGAGGGAACCCCGCAUUGUGCGUGUGGGGUUAAUUCAAAACUCUAUUGCUGUUCCCACAACAGCACCGCUGCUGGAUCAGAAAAGAGGAAUCUUCCAGAAAUUGACGCCUAUCAUUGAAGCAGCUGGCUCGUCUGGAGUGAACAUAUUGUGUUUGCAGGAGGCCUGGAUGAUGCCGUUUGCAUUUUGCACCCGCGAGAAGAAGUGGUGUGAAUUUGCAGAGCCAGUGGAUGGAGAGUCAAGUCAAUUUCUUCAGGAGUUUGCCCGGAAAUACAACAUGGUUAUAAUAAGUCCAAUUCUUGAAAGGGAUGAGAAGCACGGGGAAGUCGUGUGGAAUACUGCUGUUAUAAUUGGAAAUCACGGAAACAUAAUCGGAAAGCACAGGAAGAAUCAUAUACCCAGAGUUGGGGAUUUCAAUGAAAGUACAUACUAUAUGGAAGGGAACACUGGGCAUCCUGUGUUCGAGACGGCUUUUGGGAAGAUUGCAGUCAAUAUAUGUUAUGGAAGGCAUCAUCCUCUAAACUGGAUGGCUUUUGGAUUGAAUGGUGCUGAGAUUGUUUUCAACCCAUCAGCAACUGUUGGUGAACUAAGUGAACCAAUGUGGCCUAUUGAGGCGCGUAAUGCGGCAAUAGCAAAUAGUUACUUUGUGUGCUCGAUCAACCGUGUUGGGACUGAAAGCUUCCCCAACCCAUUCACAUCCGGAGAUGGGAAACCCCAGCACACAGAUUUCGGGCAUUUUUACGGCUCGAGCUAUGUAUCGGCACCCGAUUCCUCGUGCACGCCAUCCCUGGCCCGUCACAAGGACGGGCUUCUGAUUUCAGACAUGGAUCUCAACCUCUGUCGUCAGAUUAAGGACAAGUGGGGGUUUCGUAUGACUGCAAGGUACGAGGUUUAUGCUGAUUUGCUCGCCCGUUAUGUGAAGCACGAUUUCGAACCUCAAGUCGUGAUUGACCCAUUGUUAAGUAAGAAAAGCUUGUAG